UGGAUCGAUUAUAUCUAUAGUCGCCGUGCAAUGCAAUACCCAAUUAAAUCAGUAGCAAUUACCUUACUUAUUUAUUUGCUUUUAAUAUAAGAUCAUUAUUGUAAUUAUUUGUUAUUAUUAUUAUUGAAGAACUCAACUCAAUUCUGAUUUUAACGCGAUUCAAGAACGAAAUAAACGAAUACUAUGACAUAUGACAACUUUUAUCACGCUGAGGACAAGAAAGAAAGCACAGUAUCGCCAUGCAACUGUGUCGGAUCUCAUGCACACGUUCACGUGACGUGCCUCGAACAAUGGCUAUCCGUAUCAAAAUCGAAUAGAUGCGACAUUUGCAGUUACACUUUCAAGACAGUCGAACGUUCUUUAACCGUAUACGAGUGGUUGCAGGAGAGAAGAAACUGCCAAGGGUUUUGUCAACAGUUCACGGUCAUGUUCUUUUUCGUGUCAGUAUGGUGUUUAGUGCUCAUAGCCUGUGGAAUGAAAACGAUUGAAUAUUUCCUAGACACAAGAGAUAAAAAUUCAUUUUCCAACGGGUUUCUCAUGUCCAUCAUAACGUUUGCCAUGGCUGCCAUGUUGUGGUUUUGGCUCAUAAUCUUUUCAUCGAUAUGGAAGCGUAUGAACAUGGUGAUACGCUUGGACAAGGACUAUUUAAACGGAUCCGAUGAUAUCAACAAUGCGUUUGCUGUCUGAUAAACCUGGCUAAUUUAUAUUUUAUAAAAUUAAGAUUAAUUGCUAGUUACUUAAUUGUUUAUUUUUGUCUAAUAAUAAUUAUAAUUA